GAAUCCGAUGAGCUAUGAAGCUCUUUCUUUCACAGAUGUCCAGUGGAUCAUCAAAUGAACCACAAAGCAGCGUCUCUCUCAAAAAACCACGCUCAUCUCGAAUCCGUGCAAAAGAGCAACAUCGGUAAUUCACGAGUAUAAUUUCAAUGUCAUUAUAAAUGACACUAAAUUCCAGCUCAUUAAAAUAUUCGCUAUUGUGCUCCUGUGGAUAAGGGCGAAUCCGGAGAGGUGAGAGCAUGGGGAGUUAUAUAUCUCUGCGUGUGGGGCAAGCGUGGAAGGACCGGGCAGGGUAGUCAUGGGUCGAAGGGGCGGGAGUGAGUUUUAUAAGGAAGGGCUGGCUGGCUGGCUGCCCGUCGAGUUGGGGGUUGGACGCGUGCUUGCUCCGUGCAUGCGGUGCGCGUGGAUGAGAGCGGCAGUCGCGAGGAAGGCAGGGUGCUCAGCACCCAAGAUCCAUCGACCUCAUCGUCCUCUUGUAAAACAGAUUUAAGAAACCACUGCCGUAGUAGAAGAAUGGAAUAAGCGACGAAAGCAAUGCAAAUGAAUUUGCAAUAUUGCAUAUUCUUUGUUUAAGUUGCAGUCAAACAUCCUGGCAACGACGAUCGUGAGAAAAUGCCACGUCCCUUCAACAAACGCAAAGACAAGAUUUGGAUACACCCCCCUGAAGUCCUCAUACUGGGCUCUGUCCUCUAUACUGUUAAGUUCCUUGGGAGCCGUGAGGUUGAUCAGCCCAAGGGGUCAGAUAUAGUGAAGGAUGCCGUCAACAAACUUAAGUUUACACGCCACAUCAAAAAAGCUGAAGGACAGAAGCUGCAGAAAGUGGAGCUCCAUAUCUCCGUCCACAUAGUACGAAUUGUGCAACAGAAGUCCAAGGAGCUGUUGCACAGCAUUCCACUCAACCAUAUCUCAUUCUGCGCGGAUGACAAGGUGGACAAAAGGAUGCUUGCCUUUGUCUGCAGGGAUGUGGACAAAAACAGGAACCUCUGCUACGCAUUUGACAGUGAUAAAUGCGCAAAGGAGAUUGCGUUGACAAUCGGGCAGGCGUUUGAGGUGGCGUAUCGGCAGUACGUCGACUCUGGGGCCCGAGAUGCAGAGUUCCGAAAGCAGAUGGCGUCAUUGUGCCAGCGGGUGGUCAACCUGGAGACUGAGAAUGGGCAGCUGAAGAAGCAGGUUCAGGAAUUGAAAGACAUGUUUAAGAGUACACAGGACACUAAGAGCCAAGAAGAGGUGUGUCACCUGCAGAGCGGGCUCGAGAGAAGUGUGGAAACAAAACGACCAAACUCCCUGCUGCUGCAGCCUUGCCUCACCCUGCCAAACACGGAGCUCUCGACCCUCUUCGUUCCCCCUACUGGCAGUAAAUCUCCAGACUCUGGAGUAACGGACAUCUUUGAUAUGGAGCCCUUUUCACCUCUCUUCGGUGCAACAGACUUACAGCCCGAAAGUGACGAAUCAGAGGCCGAAAGCCUAAGCCCUCGUUCGGUGAAAGCAGAGCACGACUCUCCAGUCAGUACAACCUCUACAGCCCCCGAUGACAACACAGGCAGCCUUUCAGAGACAGCCAACGGCCCAGUGUUUAUAUCUCAAUUCUGUUUGCCAGAUCGUGGGUUCCAGUUCUCCAACCUUCACACAGGAUCAAAGUGGAUGAGCAUGGAUUCCCAAUGCCUCACCCUUCUGAGACAUCACUGGGGAUGAAUGACAAAAGUAACCACAGGAAAUGUUCACCUGCCCUUCUCAGCAGUUCGGGUUAUUCCUUCAGUCUUUGGCCACAUGAGCUCAGUCACACAAAGUUGUCCUGGUUACAGUCACACUAGAAUUGCUACGUGCAUGACUUCUGCCCUGAAAUAAAAAAAAUCAUCACACUUUGCACUAAUUCCAUCUUUCCUGAAAAUGUACAGCUCCUCAUUGCAUUUUAAAUGUAUAAAGUCAUUGCUCAUGUAAGUUUAGUGAUGUACAACAAAAUCUGUAAAGUACCCUUGCCCAUUAAUAUUGCUGAUAUCUCACCUUAAAAUCAACCCCAAAAGGUUUACCCCAAAGGAUGAGUUUAGCACUUGAUAAUUUCUAACCCUAAGGGCCAAAUUAAAGCCAGAUGUAAUCCUGACAUAUUAUAGUCAGUAUACCAGCAUAUACUUUGGUUGUGUACGAAGACACAAACUAUAAUUUUAUGGAUAUCUCAUCCGAGGUUGAACAUCUGUUCAGAAAUUCUGAGAUGGACCAAGAAGGCAAUUGGACAGAUGACGGAAGACGCAGAUUCACAGCGCGAGACUGGCGGAGGACAGAGAUAAGUGGAGGGAGGCGCUGGACGCCACCAACCCUCAGGGAAGAGGAUGGCACUGGAUGGCGAGCCUGGAGCACUCGCAUGGGGAAACUUGGGCAAAACAGGUGGAAGAUGAUCAAAGAAGGUCAGGGAAUCCACAGAGAAUGUAAGGUUUUGGUCAUGGUAGGUUCAGUGAGAAAAGUUAAUCUGAUCAAUGGUAGCACUUUGCUUGGUGGAUUGUUAAGUGUGCACUUAAAUGUCGAGGCUAAAAGUGGUCUGUUCGUUAUUUUGAGUAUGAAAGUGCUCAGGUGGCUGGAGGCCAGUCUUCGAAAGUAAUAAUAAAUCAACAAUUGAGAUAAUUGACUUGCGGAUUGACAGGGAAGUGUGAAGUUCAACAGCCUUCAAUGGAAUCGACUUUGGGAAAUGGGCCAGCGUGCCAGGUUUGAAAAUGCAAUGCAUACUAACUCUUAAACGUGUUGUCACUUUCUGCUUGAAGAAAAGGGCGUGUGAAAACGCCCAGCCAUCUACGUGGGCUUAAUAUUUGUAAGGUUGAGAGUUGAUUUGUUCAUGUUUUUGUUCAUGUUUUUGUUUGUUGCGGUUACACCCGAGUUAAGAGCCGCAUGGCUCACAGGGCUAUACCUAAUAAAUGAAACUGAAAACUGAGAAACAGACGAAUUAGUUUAAUACAAUGUAACAAGUCAAUAUUUAUAUUCUUGGUUCUUUCGGUAAAGUCACUUUGAAGGGAAACAAUAAAAUAAUAAAAUCUAUAAAACAAUAUAUAAAACAAUUGUUUAAUAUAUAUUUUAUUUUUUAUUGUUUCCCUUCAACGUGACUUUACCGAAUAAACCAAGAAUAUGAAUUACUGCAGUCACGAAAGCUUUAAAUCAAAAUUUAAGUCAAUAUUUGUUGAGAGAAACAUCCAGGCAUUUCAAAAAACCUUUCGUCUGGACAUAAAGAGACACUGUGUAUUAUUCAUUCAAGUAUCACACUAUCUCGAGAGUCUCCAAAACGUGUUCUGUUAGAGUACUUAUGUUACAAAGCAUUUUUACUUUUUGUGCAGAUUCUCUUCGACCUCAUGUGGCCAAGUGUCUAUGGCCUCUUUGUUUAUAAUUGCCAAUGAGUUUGUAUCUAAAAACGACAACACAGUUAUUAUUCAUGUGACUGGUCACUGAGGAAUUACGGGAAAAAAACACAUUCCAUGCAAAUAUUCAACCGUGUUUAUCAGCAUAGUCUUGACUUAAAGCGUUCGUGACCGCAGGAAUACAUAUUCUAUGGGUCUUUCGGUAAAGCCACGUAGAUAUAACUUUUUUUUAAAUAUCACGUUUCAAUCGCAAC